AUGGCUGCCAUUUUCCCCAAAGAGUGGAACACAGAGGCUUUAGUUUGGUUUGCAACAUAUCACCUCGACUUCACCAAGAAUGACAUCGGUCUACUCAAGGAAACAUGCGAAGCUCUCGUUGUAGAUACAAAUAGUGUGUGCAGUCUUGUGUGGGAGCGCCCUCUUACACCUUUCAGUAGCGCCGCGGGGCAGUCGGUAGCUUUGGGGGCAGCAUCGUUUCCCAUAGAGCACUUUCGCAGCUCGUUUUCCGCGGGUUCUAAGAAAAUAUUUACCGAAACUCCUGUCGUCAUCGAACCAUCUGGCUCGGGUCCUCCAUCGAACUCACACAGAAUGUAUUUACUUUCUCUGCUUCGGCGACUCGAAAAUGGAAGAUCAGUACUAAGGUCCAUAAACGAGAAGUAUGGUUUUGCCUUCUCGGUGUCAACACUGGGUAGAAGGACUUUCGACGGAGUAGUAAGAGGUAAGGUUAGUGGCCAUGGCGGGAGUCCAUGUCCUCAACCAGGGUUGGGGGGCACGGAGGAAAGGCACACACUUGUGAGCAACGGCAGACAGAACUGUACCGUUAAUCAGGAUGAAAGAAGUACUUUCUAUGUUAAUAUGUCAUUUGCUAUGUUCCUUCGGACGUUUGAUGUCCUUAUUUCCUGGGUGUCAAACGCCAUUAGCGUAAUUGACGGUGAGGGCACAGUUCCGUCUGCGGGUGGUUAUGUCAUUCACGAAGACGUACAAUGUGGCACCGAUGAAGGAGACAGCAAUGGGAGUUGUGACCAAUUGCAAGAUGAUUUCAAGUGGACAGCUGAGGCACAUAGGUUGGAACCCGCUCAGCCAUUGCUCGAGCGGCAAGAGCGUGUUUCACCCGAGCCGUUUUCUGCAACAUAUAACGAGCCGCGCCCCGCUAUGAGACGCGCGCGGACAGUGCGAGUGACCGUGUACGAGAUUCAUGACGUCCGAAGUGUCUUUCUAAGACAUCAGAGUCAGCUAAACCUAUUCUACGACCAUGAAUACACAUUCCAUGACCAGAGACUUAAUCGACGGCUUCUUCUUCCAGCGUACUAUAAAGCACUCAGAGAGUUCAUCGAUGAACUGAAUUCGGAGGUUGAACAACUGGAGCGCCUUGGAGUAUCUUUAGCCUGUGGAAGGUCGGACCAAGUUACUAUAGUCUUUCGACCAUCAAUAUGUGAGUUUCGGUACAUGAGGGACUCACUGAUUCUUUAUUGGUCCGAAUGUGUCACAGAGGAUGACAUUACCGCAUUUGCACGCUAUAGUGCCGAGUACAACGAAUGCGUGUCGGAAGCAGCGGCAGUGUUUGAAAUGCUCAAGGAACUAAGGCGUCCCCAAACAGAAAAUCUUGGCACCUCCGUAGGGCCUGUUUUUACAUUAGAGGAACGGGGAGCACUGGGGGCAGGAUUUGAGAGUUACUGGCGUUUAAGGGAGCGCGUUUUUCAGCUACGUAACUCGCUGAAAGAUGAUAUUGAAAACAAGAACCGCACACAUCGUUAUUUUAUCCCAGAACUGCUUUCCAAGCCAGCCAGCAGACAAGAAAGGGGAAUUGGAAGUGCCAGUAGCAUUGUUCAGCACGUCUGGUCGAAAGUUGUGUUUUGGUCCGGGUUACUUUCCUGCAGCGCAGAACUUCCGGGAAACUUCCCAACGAGCGGCGGUACCAGCGAGAAGUGCGUACUGUCAACCAAAUCCCCUCAGUAUGAGCCAAAGAUGGAGUUGCUGCAACACACGCGGAGGAUGGUUGAGGCGGUGGAGGCCCAAGGGGCAAUACUUGAACGAGACUACCGUGGAGUUUUUUUUAGGGAUACGGGGGCGUUGUGGAAGCAGCGCGCCACCGAUUUAGUGCAUCGUCUGGAGGGAGUGAGUACUGUUUUCAGCAAACCUAAUUGA